CUUGCAAUGAACUGUCUGGAAUAAACUGGGUGGAGGGGUGUGUGUGUGUGUCUGCAUCAAAGUCAUCUUCUCAUGCGGUGUCCAGAGGGCCCUGCUGUGACCUCAUGAAUUUGGAUGUAAUAAUAACUUUGGUGUAAUAGCAGUGAAAUGGAAGGCUGUAUUUUUAGUUUAGAUGCCCAUCCAAGUUCCUGAAUGCUGCUGACGACCGGGGCAGCUUGCAAGCAGAAUUGGGACUGAUAAAUGGUGGCUUGAAGAGAAAAGCACAGACAUUCAGCUCUGGGAGAGUUCUCCUGUACUGUGUUUCCAGCAGACCAGGUUAUCUAUGUGUUCUGCAUCCCAAAUGAGACCUUAUGGGCUUCUCAGCCUAUUAAGCAUAUUCCAUUGAAUGCCAGUCCGUUCCUUCCCAUUUCUCUGCUACGAUGGAGAUUUUUCCUGUGUUAUUUUCUAACUGUGUUUGACACAAAGCUCCAUGUGUCGCUGUGAGUUGAUGGCACUUAAGGAGCAGUGUCCUCUACCACUCUGUGUUUCCCUGGGCCCGACUUCAGCUUGCCUUUGGAGCCGGCCAAGGUUUCCUGCUGCAGUAGGGUGUGAUGUGAUGGCUGUAAUCUGUGAUGGCUGUAAUCAGUGCUGCUUGGCAGCCAUUAGUGCAGGCUGGGAGUGCUUUGCUGAGCCCAUCAUUGCUUCCCUCUCUGAUAUUCCAAGCAGGAAAAGUGUGUCCUCUUUAGCAUACACAUUAAAAUCUGAAAACUGCCUCAUCCACUGCUUAGAUGGCAUUGCAUACCACCUUGCUCCUUCUGUUAACUUGCCUUUUUUCCUUCUUUAUGGCAGCAGAUUGAGUCUUCCCAUUGUCCUUCCCAAGGCUGUGAAGAAUGCAGGAAGAUAAUGGUCUUUUCCUAUGCUUCCAUUUCUCAUCCCACUUGUUUUAUUGCUUCUUUUAUCUUUGUCUCACUCCUUUUCUCUGCAUGUCCUGCUGCUUUUGGGCAGUUUAGGUCUGCUCUUGGAUAGUCAUUGAUAAUGUUGCUUGUCUGUUAAGCAAACAGCCGUUUCUGAAACAGUUAAUUGAAGGACAUUUGUUUUACACUCACUGAAUAAUGCUCUCAGGAAAGGAAUACACUUGAAAUUUUCUAUUGUAAGCUACUGGUUCCUUAAAAGGUAAUUAACUUAUCUUGAGAAGAAAUUAAUGUGCUCUUUGGCAAAACUGAGUCAUUUUGAGACCUGGUCUAGUGUUACUGGUUGAGCUGAUAAUCCCCAGCUCUAUUGGGUCAAAUCUCUGCUGCUGUUUUGACUGCUGAUCCCUACAGCGGAUGGAGUUUUGAACUGAGAUGUCUGGGUAUGGCUGCUAAGUCAGGGGGUAAUUAGUAGGACAGAGUGGCAACGGGACAUUUGCUGUGCUUGAGAAGAGCCUGAGAAGAGCUCUCAUUCCUAGAGGAAACUUCUUCAUCUGGAAGUAGUUGCAAAUGAGGUGAAAAUUUACUCUUUCUUCUCUUAAAAAUAACAGUAAUGCAGUGUUUCUUUGCCAGAAACAAGUGCUGUUUGUGAUGAUAUCCAAGAAAGUAAGAAACUUGCAGGCUGUACCUGGGCUAUUAAGGAUCCAUAAGAUAAUACUUUUGUUUUUUUGUUUCCUGACUUGAUACUUAUCCCUUCAAGUCUGUCCUGCCUUUCCUGGCCAUAAGGAAUUCUGAUAUCCAUCCUAUUUACAAAAUGUCUUCUUAAAACCUCUGCCUGCACCACUUUCUGAUCAGCUCCUGCUUCAGAGCUGCCGGGCUGUUGCUAAAGGCGUGUGAACUGGUAAGGCAUUAAGUGUUAUGAGCAAAUAAACACCGGGGGGAGCCUGCUGAUUUCAGAAACUGCACGCAUGGAGUGCAUUAAGUCAGCUGUUGUUCCUUUUUAAAAUGUGUUUAAUAUUGGUCCAUACCAGAAGAGCUAGUCAGUGUUUGAGGGUGGAGUGGCACACAGACGUUGCUGAGGCACACUCCUAAGGCUGUGUUCAGUGAAUCUGUGUGUGUGCUUGGUAAGCAAGGCAAGUGGCAAAUUUUUCCUUGCCAUUUUUACAAAAAAAAAGAACAAACAAAAGAAUAGGAUAUUGUAUUUAUUUUAUUAUGGUUUGAGCUAGGGAUAUGUUCUGGUUUAACUUUUUUUUUUCUCAUCUGUAUUAAAUUGCCUCCCCAAAGGUCUGCAGAUAGCUUUGACACACUGUGCUGGAAGUAUUUUCCAAAUAAUAGGAAAUCUCUAAAAUCUGGACCCUAUGUCUCCUUUGGGCCUUUCUAAAAGGGUAACGAAUGACGUGCUGGCAUGCAGCAAUUCUAUUAGCACACUGUCACAACUUUUAUUACCACCUGCCUGUCCAAGCCAUCUGGGAGGAAAGGACAUCAGAGAUAGAAGUGACAGUUACUCAUAGGAAAUUAAAUAGUCUUGUGUGUCUUAAGCUUGUGCGUUUGUCCAGCCUUUAGAGCACAGCUUUCUAAAACUUCGUCCGUGAAGUAAGGUGGAAGUAAUGCUUUGAGACAUCUUAAAACCCAGUGGAAAUGCAGAAAAUAGCUGUGAAACUUUGAUUUUUCUUCAGGAAGUUUCAAAAUCUCUUGACUUCCUGUUAUAUGACUGAUGGCUGUGGUCUUAGGGAGUUUGCUCCUUGGACAUUGUGGGGGUGCAGGGUUGUGUCUGCUUUCAGGAAAGUCCUCAGCAUCUCAGGGUGCUCCAGCAGCCGUGAUCAAUAUACCAUCACAGAAUAGGAGCAAAUGUCUCUUCAUUAAUCCCUGAUUUUUGUGCCAGGAGUGAGGUGUUGCCACUAAAUUUGGUGUGUUUGAGAAAGUUAAAAGCCUCCAGCAGGUCUCUGUAAUCACCUUCAGUGUUAAUUUUGUUAUUUGAUUGAUUCAGUGCACCAAAGUUUUCCUGCAGAAACCUGCCUGAUGUUAUAGGUCUCUGAUGUGGAAGUAAACCAGGCUCAUCGUCACUCUGACACCAGUGCAGGUGAGCAGCUUUGUGGCAUCACUGCAGAACAGAACCCUGGUGUUGCCAUGCAGUCGUGGCUGAUGACUCUCAGCUGUUGGAAAGUAUCCUGCAGUGAUCAGCUGUGCCUGAAUCCCUGCAAGGAGAGAACCAGACAGGUUUGGAGCCCUGGGCUUUAAUUCCAAGAGCUGUUUUGGCUAGUGUGAAGAUCUAGCAUAACUUUCUUCCCCUGAGUUGUGACAUUCUGUUUAAUCUUCAAACUGGCGAUGUCAAGGGUGCCAAGUCCUCCUCCUCCGGCAGAAAUGUCGAGUGGACCCGUGGCAGAAAGCUGGUGCUACACUCAGAUUAAAGUGGUGAAGUUUUCCUACAUGUGGACCAUAAACAACUUCAGCUUCUGCCGAGAGGAGAUGGGUGAGGUGAUCAAAAGCUCAACCUUUUCAUCUGGAGCCAAUGAUAAACUCAAAUGGUGUUUACGUGUGAACCCUAAAGGCUUGGAUGAGGAGAGUAAAGAUUAUCUAUCCCUCUAUCUGUUGCUGGUGAGCUGUCCAAAAAGUGAAGUUCGAGCAAAGUUCAAAUUUUCCAUCCUGAAUGCGAAAGGAGAAGAAACAAAAGCAAUGGAGAGCCAGCGAGCGUAUCGAUUUGUGCAAGGCAAGGACUGGGGAUUCAAAAAAUUUAUUAGGAGAGACUUUCUUCUAGAUGAAGCCAAUGGACUUCUUCCUGAUGACAAACUCACUCUAUUCUGUGAGGUGAGUGUGGUACAGGACUCUGUAAAUAUCUCUGGCCAGAACACUAUGAACAUGGUGAAGGUACCGGAGUGCCGCCUGGCAGAUGAGCUGGGAGGACUCUGGGAGAACUCCCGCUUCACAGAUUGCUGCCUGUGUGUUGCAGGCCAGGAGUUCCAGGCUCACAAAGCCAUCCUAGCAGCACGUUCCCCGGUUUUCAGUGCCAUGUUUGAGCAUGAGAUGGAAGAGAGUAAAAAGAAUCGGGUUGAAAUCAAUGAUGUGGAACCUGAAGUUUUUAAGGAAAUGAUGUGCUUUAUUUACACGGGGAAGGCACCAAAUCUUGACAAAAUGGCUGAUGACUUGCUGGCAGCUGCUGACAAGUAUGCUCUGGAACGUCUGAAGGUGAUGUGUGAGGAUGCACUGUGCAGUAACCUGUCUGUGGAAAAUGCAGCUGAGAUCCUCAUUCUGGCUGACCUACAUAGUGCUGAUCAACUGAAAACUCAAGCAGUGGACUUCAUUAAUUAUCAUGCUUCUGAUGUCAUGGAGACAUCGGGCUGGAAAUCGAUGGUAGUAUCACAUCCUCACUUGGUGGCUGAGGCGUAUCGCUCUCUGGCCUCUGCACAGUGUCCCUUUCUGGGACCUCCACGUAAGCGACUGAAGCAAUCCUAAAGUCCCGUCUCUCGCAACACCACGUGUUUUUCUGGAAGCAGCAUCAGCUGUUGCUGCUCAAACCUUGACCACCAGGUAGACAGCGAAAUCUGUGGAGCUUAUACUCUGUUGUUGGGGGGAAGAGACUGCUUCGUGACACCCAGACUUUUUAAAACAGCACCAAGUAACUUGGGGAGAGGGGGGAGGGUGGGCCUGGGGCUCUGGGGCUGUUCAACCUAAUGAAUCCCUGUCGCUGCAUCGUCUGUGUGUUCCCUUCAACUUGGCUGAGUCAAUUAAGUACAGGGUUCGGUUUAGGUGCCGAUCCAUGUCAGAAUAAACCCAGCAGUGGUACUGGGGAAAACAACAUCUCUGCGUCUGGCAGCACAGAACAAACCAUCAGAUGCCUGGAGCAAGAGGACGUUUUAGUUUUGGAGAGAGCGUUGCGAGGUUAAAAAGAAUUUCCAGUGAGGUUCUGGAAAGGAAGUACCUGAUGGGAGCUCCAGUAGUAUUUAUAUCAAAAAAGAGAAUUUAAGUCCUUCCAGCUGAGCUAAAAACUGGACAUUUGUGUAACUCCUUAUUGCCAUCCAGCAACAAGAAGAUCAGUUUCUCUGUUAGUAGCACUUGUAUGUUAAUUGCAAAAAAAAAAAAAAAAAA